AUGGCUGGGAUACCACCUCCGGGGCCUCCUUCCUUGCAGGGCCUUCCUGUGCCUUUAUCCUACCAGAACCCGGGGCCUCAUGCACCACAUCCAGCACCGCACCAUGGCUACUCGCCGCUGCCUGGCCACGUCGAAUCCAGUGCCGCGCCAAGUCCCAUCCCUAGCUCGGGGCCUGUAGCCAGCGCUUUGUCUUCCGUUUCAGCUGUUCAGCAACCAGAAGGAACGUAUGCGCAUGCGUCGCCUGGCCACGUCGAGCCCACUGUGACUGCGCCUCUGAUUCCCAGCGCGCCGAGGCGCUUGACGGGUGUUAUGUACGAUGAACGUAUGCUUCUGCACGAGACGCCUGCGGACGAAACGCAUCCGGAGUGUCCUGCCCGCAUUAACCACAUCUACGAGCGUUUGCACCAGUCUGGCUGCCUCGCACGUAUGGUGCGACUGCCUUCGCGCGAAGCUACGCGUAACGAAGUCUUGCUGGUUCACGAGCCGGACGUAUGGGACUCGUUCGAGGCGUUGAUGUUACGAUCUCAUGAGGAACUCAAGGCGUACAGCGUGGACCUUGAAAACCGUGCCUCUUUAUACCUCAACCGAAACUCGACUCUCUCUGCGCGUGUGUCUUGUGGUAGUGUCGUGGAUCUGUGUGUGGCUGUGGCUACAGGGCAGGUUCAGAAUGGGUUUGCUAUUGUACGCCCGCCAGGGCAUCAUGCUGAACCGACGUGCGGCACAGGCUUCUGUCUGUACAACAAUGUGGCAGUAGCUACCAAGCACUUGAUGCAGAUGUCGCCCACGUCGCCUGCGCAUGUCAAUCGUGUGCUGAUUCUCGAUUGGGAUGUGCACCAUGGCAAUGGCACACAGCGUGCCUUUUGGGACGAUCCCAAUGUGCUGUAUAUCUCACUUCAUCGGUACGAAAACGGGACUUUUUACCCGGGCACGACCUAUGGCCACUAUGAUCAAGUCGGUGGGCCGUCUGCGCGUGGUAGGACCGUCAACGUUCCUUGGCCCUGUGCAGGCAUGACCGAUGCGGACUAUUUGCAUGCGUUCCAGCACUGUAUUAUGCCAAUCGCCUACGAAUUUGCCCCCGACCUCGUCAUUAUUAGUGCCGGGUUUGACGCAGCCCACGGCGAUAUCCUAGGCGAAUGCCAUGUGUCGCCGGAAGGCUAUGCCCACAUGACACACCAGCUCUUGGCGCUCGCCGGUGGGAAACUUGUCGUGGCGUUGGAGGGCGGGUAUACGCUGGAAGCCAUUGCCGACUCUGCCUUGGCCGUCUCGCACGUGUUGCUGGGCGAUCCGCUGCCUGCGCUUCCUCCGGGUCUCGUAUGCAGCACGGCUGGCGCAGACACUGUGGCGCGUGUCGUGCGUACGCAAGCGCCGUACUGGCGCUGCAUGGCCACGUCGCUUACCUACCCGCCUCUGUCGACCAGCGAUGUGGAGACAGGGCCAGCGAGCAUGGCGGCGGACAAGAUCGUCUCGGUUCCUACACAGCCAUUGCGUGAACUGGUUUUGCAGGGCCGCACUGCUCACUUGUGGUCGACGCACGAGCUGAUUCCACUGCCCUGCCACGAAUCGACGUCGCCGCUGAGCCCUGGGCAAGCUCUUUGCUCCUCGUCGCUUUUGAUACCUACGACACAGACGCUCGUGGUCUUUGUCCAUGACAUGGGCCCUGUACACAUAAGCCAUCCAGACGAUACAGAGCAUGGCGCUGUGUACGUGUCUGAUGCGGCAGACGAUGUCGUGGCAUGGGCUGCAAGGCACAAGUAUGCGAUUAUGGAUGUGAAUACCAAGGUGCCUUUACCUGUACGAGCCAUCCGCAACCACGAUCACGACAAAGUCACCCUCCCAGCCACGGAUGCGCAGGACGCCUCCACCGUGCUUGCGACGCAGUUGGAGUAUAUUUGGGACAACUUUGUAUCGAUCUCGCCAGCGUCCGACAUUGUGCUGAUCGGUCUUGGUACAGGCUGCCAAGGGCUCAUGCACCUCAUUACACAGCGGGCUGUGCAAAACCGCGUUCGUGCCAUCCUCCAGGUCCUUGGUAUGAACCCGAUCCCUCUACUUCCCAAGAUGCAGCCCGAGCUCAAGUCCUGGUACAAGAAGCAUGCGUAUGUCUUGUGCCCACACGAUCACCCACGCUUUAUGUGGAACGAGCAAAAGUCGUCCGGCAAGCGGCUCGGUAAGGUCGAGCAAAUGCAGAGCGAUUCGCCUAUGCACAUCCUCUUAGAGGCCCUGCCGCGUUUGGACGCGAUGCUAGCCUAG